AUGGAGGAAACAGAGGAACACCGUUACAUGAAGCGGUUCGCCUUUUUCGCGGUGAUGGUCAGCACCGUCGCCGUCAUGGCGUCAGUGGUUACUCUGCCAAUUGUCUACAACUACGUACAAACAUUGCAAUCCCAUGUAGCAGACGAACUAGAAUACUGCAAGUCCAGAUCGAAGGUUAUGUGGAUGGAGCUGCUUCAAGUAAGCAGUGCCCCGUCUGUGUUAACUAGGCGUAAGCGAGAGUGGUUGUUUGGACAUUGGAUAGAUGCAAACGCCGGUGAAAGCAGUAACACUGAAAAUCUUCACGCAUCUGACGAAGAAGAUGGGGAGAUAGAAGAUGAAGAAGAAGAAACAUCUGAUUAUGCUCAGGACGUCCACGAAGAACCGGAAGAGGAAGAAUGUUGCCCCUGCUUUAAUGGACCAGUAGGGCCUCCCGGUCCUCCAGGAGACAACGGUAGGGACGGAAGAGACGGAAAAAGAGGAAGAAACGGCUCGCCAGGAAAUAGCGGCAAAAUUUUGUCUGUAGAAGAACAUCUUUAUGAACCAUGUCAAAUAUGUUUACCUGGAGAACCUGGACCUCCAGGUGCACCAGGACCCAAAGGACCGCCUGGUCCAAAAGGUGCUCCAGGCGCUCCUGGACUUGAUGGUAAAAGAGGAAAAACUGGCAUGGUUGGCGCUGAGGGUCCAGUGGGUCCACAUGGAGAUUGUGGUCCCAAAGGUCCAAGAGGCGAGGAUGGGAAACUAAUUGAGAUUGAAGGUCCACCGGGACCACCUGGCCCACCAGGAGAACCCGGGCCAAAGGGCACAAGAGGAAAACCCGGAAAAGAUGGAGCCCCAGGAAUCAAAGGUCUUCCAGGUGAACGCGGCAAUCCAGGGCCAACAGGACCACCAGGAAAACCGGGAAUUGUUGGCGUGCGCGGUCCAAAAGGACAGGCUGGACCUCCGGGAAGUUGCGAUCACUGCCCAACACCAAAAACGGCUCCUGGUUAUUGA